ACGGCAGCGGGCGGGGCCCGGAGGCCGGAAAGGUGACCAGGGGGCGGGGCCGGCCCGCGGUCACUCCCCGGCCCGGCCGUCUCGCCUUCGCCCGUCCCGGGCGCACACGCCGCCGCUCCGUCCCGCCACGCACGCGCUCGCGCCGCCCCUGCAGGCCCGGGACCUGGGCGGGAACUGGCCGGGGAGAGUGCGAGUCAGGGUUUUGCUAUUUUACUUCACAUCUGGGGAAACCGAGGCAGAUUCGGCUUCCACCGUCAAUUCUCCAGGUCACCCUGGGCACACUCGCACACUCCGCCUUCCCUCCUUGUCUCCUUCCCUGGGCCUCACCCCUCCUCGCGGCUGGGCUCCCAGCCGCUCAUCCAACCACAGCUAUUUCCAGGAAGGGGGAGUGUUGGGUGGAGGGGGUUCUCCAAACAAACCCAGGGCUUGGGAAGUAAGAGGAGGCCAGGCUGGGGGACAGACUGACGGGCUCUGGAAAGUUCCAGGCAGGAGGAGGGUGAGGGUCCCAGGGGUCUGGCCUGGCCUUUCCAGGCCUGCCCCAGCGAGCUGCUUUUCUUCUCAGCACUGCCUGAAGGCUCAGCGCUCUCCCAUCCCAUCUCACUUCAGAGGUGCUCCACAGGGUGGGGAGGGACUCAAAGCCAUGCUUCCCUGGCCACCCAACAUGGGGGCUAGUGAGCCACCCACGAGGACAGGAGUGAGGGUCAGAGAAGGUCUGGGGACCUGUUGCCAGGUGAGGGGACUUUCAGCCUCGGGAGGCAGCAGGAGUAGAGAGAAGCCUGCUGGAGGGGUCCUGGCCAGGGUAACUGUAAUAGGAGGGGAGAAGGGCCAUCCCACCACUACCACAGCACCUCUCCUGAUCCCAGCAGGGCUGGGGACUGCACCAGGCCAGGCCCGGUUGCCCACACUGGCCAGGGGCCUGGAAUGUCCUGGGACCCAGCCAGGGCUGGUGGGGUGGGAGUGUGUUGCAGAGCUAGUGCCCCUCUCCAGUUACAGGCUAGGCCUCCCUCUGGCUAAGGUACCCUGGGGGCAGACUUCCUGACCUGGAAGGAGAAUUAGAGCUUCAAGGGAGAAGCCUCAGGGUAAACCCAGUCCAGGCAGCCCAAGGAAGUGUCCUGAUUGGGCUCAUCCCGGCAGCAGCGGCAGGGUUAGACCAACCCAGAUGGGCUCGAGGGAGGGAGAGGGAAGGUUAAGGAGGACCUGGUGGGAGAAGCCAGAGCUGGGGGAGCUUCCAGAGCCCUGGGACAUUCAGUAAUACGCUGCAAAUGGGGGCGGGACACACACGUUUGCACAUUCUUUCAAGCCACUGGACUGUUCCACUGGACUGCUCUGGGGAGCUGCUGUCCAAGGCUUGGGGCUGAGGACCCCCAGGCUAUUAACCCCUUAUACUUUCGGAAGAUUACUCCCCCCCAUCCUUUCCAAGGCCCCAAUCCACCUCCUUCCCUUAACUUCCGGGACAGGAAGCUGGCCGCAUUCCCAGGAGGGAGGCAGGAGGCCCGCGGAGGGGCGUGGAGUAUGUGUUGGGAGGGGGGCCUCCUGUCCGGUUCUCGGGCCCUGGGACAGCUGCUGAGGAAGGAGAGCGGAGCUGGGAGAGCCAUGAAGCCUAGGAAAGCUGAGCCACAUAGCUUCCGGGAGAAGGUUUUCCGGAAGAAACCACCGGUCUGUGCAGUGUGUAAGGUGACCAUCGAUGGGACAGGCGUCUCAUGCCGAGUCUGCAAGGUUGCGACACACAGAAAAUGUGAAGCAAAGGUGACUUCGUCCUGUCAGGCCUUGCCUCCCACGGAGCUGCGGAGAAACACGGCCCCUGUGAGGCGCAUAGAGCACCUGGGAUCCACCAAGUCUCUGAACUACUCAAAGCAACGCAGCACUCUGCCCAGGAGCUUCAGCCUGGAUCCUCUCAUGGAGCGCCGCUGGGACUUGGACCUCACCUACGUGACGGAGCGGAUCCUGGCCGCCGCCUUCCCCGCGCGGCCCGACGAACAGCGACACCGGGGACACCUGCGCGAGCUGGCUCACGUGCUGCAAUCCAAGCACCGCGACAAGUACCUGCUCUUCAACCUUUCAGAGAAAAGACAUGACCUGACCCGCCUAAACCCCAAGGUCCAGGACUUUGGCUGGCCUGAGCUGCACGCGCCCCCGCUGGACAAGCUGUGCUCCAUCUGCAAAGCCAUGGAGACGUGGCUCAGUGCUGACCCGCAGCAUGUGGUCGUACUGUACUGCAAGGGGAGCAAGGGCAAGCUCGGGGUCAUCGUCUCUGCCUACAUGCACUACAGCAAGAUCUCUGCAGGGGCGGACCAGGCGCUGGCUACCCUUACCAUGCGGAAGUUCUGUGAGGACAAGGUGGCCUCGGAGCUGCAGCCCUCCCAGCGCCGGUAUAUCAGCUACUUCAGUGGUCUGCUGUCCGGCUCCAUCAGAAUGAACAGCAGCCCUCUCUUCCUGCACUAUGUGCUCGUGCCCAUGCUGCCAGCCUUUGAACCUGGCACGGGUUUCCAGCCCUUCCUCAAGAUCUACCAGUCCAUGCAGCUUGUCUACACGUCUGGAAUCUAUCAUGUUGCAGGCCCUGGUCCCCAGCAGCUUUGCAUCAGCCUGGAGCCGGCUCUCCUCCUCAAAGGCGAUGUCAUGGUGACGUGCUAUCACAGGGGUAGCCGGGGGACUGACCGGACCCUCGUGUUCCGAGUCCAGUUCCACACGUGUACCAUCCAUGGACCACGGCUCACCUUCCCCAAGGACCAGCUGGACGAGGCCUGGGCCGACGAGAGGUUCCCCUUCCAAGCCUCGGUGGAGUUCGUCUUCUCCUCCAGCCCAGAGAAGAUCAAAGGCAGCACCCCACGGAACGAGCCCUCGGUCUCUGUUGACUACAACACGGCAGAGCCUGCCGUGCGCUGGGACUCCUACGAGAACUUCAACCUGCACCACGAGGACAGUGUGGAUGACUCCGUCACCCAUACCCGGGGGCCCCUGGAUGGCAGUCCUUACGCCCAGGUGCAGCGGGCCCCCCGCCAGACCCCGCCGGCGCCCUCUCCGGAGCCGCCCCCGCCCCCGCUGCUCUCUGUCAGCAGCGAUUCUGGCCAUUCGUCCACGCUGACCGCCGAGCCCGCCGCCGAGUCCCCUGGCCGGCCACCCCCGACAGCUGCCGAGCGGCGGGAGCUGGAGCGCCUCCUGGGGGGCUGUGGCGUGGCCGCCGGGGGCCGGGGAGCUGGGCGUGAGACGGCCAUCCUCGAUGAUGAAGAGCAGCCCCCGGCGGGCGGAGGCCCCCGCCUUGGAAUGUAUUCGGGACACAGGCCUGGCCUCAGCCGCCACUGCUCCUGCCGCCAGGGCUACCGGGAACCCUGCGGGGUCCCCAAUGGGGGCUACUACCGGCCAGAGGGGACCCUGGAGAGGAGGCGGCUGGCCUACGGGGCCUAUGAGGGGCCCCCACAGGGCUAUGCUGAGGCCUCUGUGGAGAAGAGGCGCCUCUGCCGAUCGCUGUCCGAGGGGCCGUACCCCUACCCGCCUGAGCUGGGGAAACCGGCCAACGGGGACUUUGGCUACCGCACCCCAGGCUACCGGGAGGUGGUGAUCCUGGAGGACCCUGGGCUGCCUGCCCUGUGCUCAUGCCCCGCCUGUGAGGAGAAGCUAGCGCUGCCCACGGCAGCCCUCUAUGGGCUGCGCCUGGAGAGGGAGGCUGGAGAGGGGUGGGCGGAUGAGGCUGGCAAGGCCCUCCUGCACCCGGUGCGGCCUGGGCACCCGCUGCCCCUGCUGGUGCCUUCCUGUGGGCACCACCAUGCCCCAGUGCCCGGCUACAGCUGCCUGAAGCCGCCCAAGGCAGGCGAGGAAGGGCAUGAGGGCUGCUCCUACGCCAUGUGCCCCGAAGGCAGGUAUGGGCAUCCAGGGUACCCUGCCCUGGUGACAUACGGCUAUGGAGGAGCGGUUCCCAGUUACUGCCCAGCGUAUGGCCGGGCGCCUCACAGCUGCGGGUCUCCAGGCGAGGGCAGAAGGUAUCCCAGCGCUGGUGCCCACUCCCCCCGGGCUGGCUCCAUUUCCCCCGGCAGCCCACCCUACCCCCAAUCCAGGAACCUCAGCUACGAGAUCCCUGCAGAGGAGGGAGGGGACAGGUAUCCGCCGCCAGGGCACCUGGCCCCAGCAGGACCCUUGGCAUCUGCAGAGUCGCCGGAGCCGGUGUCCUGGAGGGAGAGCCCCAGCGGGCACAGCACCCUGCCUCGGUCUCCCCGAGAUGCCCAGUGCAGUGCCUCUUCUGAGCUGUCCGGUCCCUCCACGCCCCUGCACACCAGCAGCCCAGUCCAGGGCAAGGAGAGCGCCCGACGGCAGGACACUAGGUCCCCCACCUUGGCGCCCACUCAGAGACUGAGUCCCGGAGAGGCCUUGCCACCUGCUUCCCAGGGAGGGGCUGAAAGAGCUCCAGAGCUGCCAGCAAGAAGUGGGCCUGAGCCUCCGGCCCCUGGUCCCUUCUCCCCAGCCUCCCCGCCCAGCUCACCCAACGACUGGCCUCAGGAGAGGAGCCCGGGGGGCCGUUCGGACAGCACCAGUCCAAGGGGCCCUGUACCCACCACCCUGCCCGGCCUCCGCCACGCCCCCUGGCAGGGCCUUCGAGACUCCCCGGACAGCCCAGACGGGUCCCCCCUCACCCCUGUGCCUACUCAGAUGCCCUGGCUUGUGGCUAGCCCAGAGCUGCCACGGAGCUCACCUGUACCUGCCUUCCCUCUGGCUGCAUCUUAUGACAUCAGUGGCCCUACCCAGCCCCCACUUCCCGAGAAGCGCCACCUGCUGGGGCCUGGGCAACAGCCGGGACCCUGGGGCCCAGAGCAGGCAUCGCCACCAGCCAGAGGCACGAGUCACCAUGUCACCUUUGCACCUCUGCUCCCGGAUAAUGCCCCCCAACCCCCAGAGCCCCCUGUGCAAGAGAGCCAGAGCAACGUCAAGUUUGUCCAGGAUACGUCCAAGUUCUGGUAUAAGCCACACCUGUCCCGUGACCAAGCCAUUGCCCUGCUGAAGGACAAGGACCCUGGGGCCUUCUUGAUCAGGGACAGUCAUUCAUUCCAAGGAGCCUAUGGGCUGGCUCUCAAGGUGGCUACGCCCCCACCCAGCGCCCAGCCCUGGAAAGGGGACCCCUUGGAACAGCUGGUCCGCCAUUUUCUCAUUGAGACUGGGCCCAAAGGGGUGAAGAUCAAGGGGUGCCCCAGCGAGCCCUACUUUGGCAGCCUGUCGGCCCUGGUCUCCCAGCACUCCAUCUCCCCGCUGUCCCUGCCCUGCUGCCUGCGUAUUCCCAGCAAAGAUCCUCUGGAGGAGGCCCCAGAGGCCCCAGCGCCCGCCAACAUGAGCACAGCGGCAGACCUCCUGCGCCAGGGCGCCGCCUGCAGUGUGCUCUACCUGACCUCAGUGGAGACGGAGUCGCUGACAGGCCCCCAAGCGGUGGCGCGGGCCAGCUCUGCAGCUCUGAGCUGCAGCCCCCGCCCCACGCCAGCCAUUGUCCACUUCAAGGUCUCAGCCCAGGGCAUCACGCUGACGGACAACCAGAGGAAGCUCUUCUUUCGCCGCCAUUAUCCAGUGAACAGCAUCACCUUCGCCAGCACUGACCCUCAGGACCGGAGAUGGACCAACCCGGACGGGACCACCUCCAAGAUCUUUGGUUUCGUGGCCAAGAAGCCGGGAAGCCCCUGGGAGAAUGUGUGUCACCUCUUUGCAGAGCUUGACCCAGAUCAGCCUGCAGGCGCCAUUGUCACCUUCAUCACCAAAGUUCUACUGGGCCAGAGAAAAUGAAGGAAGGCCACAAGCUCCGAGCCCACAUCGACACUGCGCCCCUCUCAGCACCCCACAGCCCUCACUUCCCCUGGCCUGGACCCAGGAGACCCGGGAUCCAGCCCCUCCCCUAGGAACGGGGAGCGGACACCGGCCUGGGACACUGCUCUCCUUCCCCGCCCCCAGCCUGCUAAGCAAAGUGGACGGGCCCAUGAGAUGACCUUGCAUGUGAGCAGAUGGCAGAGAUGGGUGUGUGAAGGGUGAGAAGGCAUCAGCAGUGGAGCCUGGAGGAGAUGGGGAUGGCCCUGCCUGCGCGAGAACAUCAGCGCUGGCGGAGACAGGCCCUGCUAGCUCCACCCAGCUGCAGGUCCCAGCAUGGCAGGGAGAGGGGAGAGUGUGGGGAGCAAGGCACUCCCUCCUCUGCCUCCCCUCUGAGCAGAGAGAUCAGAGUGGGAUCACAUGAAAAGGGGGCUAAAAAAGAGUCUAUUUUUGUCUAAUAAUAAAGAGUUUCUAUAACGUUUA